CUCUCCGAAGUUGUGUAAAACUUUUCUUUGAUAUACGUUAGCAGUGUUUUUGGAUCAGCCGAGCCUGAGUAUAGUUUUAUUCAUUUUAAAUAUUGAUGUUAUCAUAUAGCCCAAGGGUCUCCAACCUUCUUCCUGGAGAGCUACCCUGCUGUUGGUUUUUACUCCAAUCCCAGUUGCAACUAACCUGGUUCAGUUUAUCAAGCAGCUAAUUAUUAAAUUAGGUGUGCUGGAUUAGGGUUGGAGUGGAAACCUACAGGGCAGUAGCUCUCCAGGAACAGGGCUGUAGAGCCCUGAUGUAGGCCUUGGGAAUCCCUUGAUCAGUGUGUCUCCAUGUUGUUUUAUACAUUGAAACGUUCACUAUAUUGAAAGGCUGUGGGCUCAAUUCAAUCAAACCUGCAUUGUGGAAGUUUGUAAACAAAGACACCAAUCAUUGCUGUGGUAGAUCCAAUUGAAUGUCAGCCCGCACCUGUCUCAGUGCGUUUGUAAACUGUGCACAGAAAAGGCUUGUAAUGAAAUAUGUUGGGUUGCAAAUAGGUUUUGAUCCAGCAUGUGGUCCAUGUGCAUGUUUCUUCAUGAUACAUAAAACAUGGCCCAAUAUAUAUACUUAAUAUGAUAGUAAAACAACUGUGUCAGGUCCUUACAGUUGUAGCAGAUCACAAUGUCCCAAAUAAUAACAAUAAUACUACUAAUAAUACAUAUGAUAGAAUUAGUAUAUUAACACAAUGUAUUCGUAUUUGAUCAAUCAUACAUGUUUACCCCUAGUAUUAUUAUUAUUAUUAUUGAACAACCUGCAGGAGAUAUAUUGCCAGUGCUUAGUUUCUUCCCAUCCUACUGAAACCCGAGAGGAGAGAGAGUGCAUUACAUCACUACCCACUCUUCGCAGCAUUGGUCGCCAUCCAUCCCCUCUCCUCUUUCCAGUACCAAAACAGAUGGUGGAAAAAUCAUCACAUCUGCCGGGACGCACGACAACAAUAGACAGCAUCUAGCCCAAGAGAACCGGGGCGUCCAUCAUGUUUGCUGUCCAGAGCUCCAUGAGGGUGUGAGCGCCGUCGGGAUUUUUGACACGGGGUACCAUCACGGCAGCCGAGGAUUCUUCUCGCGACUGUCUGGGCUCUCCAUCGAGUGGGGAAGAUGGCCGCCAUGAAAAUUUUAACCAGCAGUGGGCUGUUCUUAGCGUUCUGUGCGUUGGGGUUGCUAGCCAUGGCAAUCUGCACCGACUUUUGGUAUGAGACAGAUGCGCGAAGACACCGAGAAAGGUGUAAAAACUACGCCAACAAGAGAAACGACCCGGGGUACAUCUAUAUCUCAAAUAGCAAUCUCCCCCUCCAGAUGCCCCCAAAGGGCAUUGAAAGGAAAGGUAACAGUCCAAGUGCCGGAGCUCAGCCUCUUAUUAGGGAAAAACGGCACUUUCUGGCCGCAGCGUCAGCUAUGGAGUCCCACUGCAGUCGCCAGUUCAAUUCAACCAUCUCUGGGCUCUGGAGAAAGUGUCAUCGAGAUGGAUUUGACCUGGAGACAGAGGAUCUCAUAUAUAAAGGAUUGAUUCAGCGGUGCAUCCCAGUCAAGUAUCACUACUCUUCCUCCAUCCUUCCGCGAAAUUUACCCAUCAACAUCACCAAGACCAUCCGUCAGGAUGAGUGGCAUGCACUCCAUCUACGCAGGAUGACGGCUGGCUUUGUGGGCAUGGCCGUGUCCAUCAUCCUGUUUGGCUGGAUUAUCGGAGUGCUGGGCUGCUGUCAGCAGCAUGACCUCAUGCAGUAUGUAGCUGGACUACUCUUUCUCAUGGGAGGAACGUGUUGUAUCAUCUCCCUGUGUACAUGUGUGGCGGGCAUCAACUUUGAGCUGUCGCGUUACCCACGCUACAUGUAUGGCCUCCCAGAGGAUAUUAGCCAUGGCUACGGCUGGUCCAUGUUCUGUGCCUGGGGGGGCUUAGGCCUCACUCUGCUGGCUGGUUUCCUGUGCACCCUGGCCCCAUCCCUAAGCACCCCCUCCCGUACAACCAUCCACAAGCCCAGACAGGAGAAUGGAACCGUGUGAUGGGACUGUGUGACUGGCCCACAAAGCGCACAAAUAAGCAACACCCAUCCAACUUCGUCCAACGUUUUUGUCCAACCACCAUCUCACCUCAUCACCUUCCCUGUCCAUACCACCUCUGUCAUCCAUCUGAAUCAUGAGUGUACCAGAGAAAUUGUACAUGGGAGAACAGAGCAAAGACAUACCAAACUGUACUAUUUACUGUACAUCUAAGACACACAGACAUGGCAAGACCUUUUUGUUGUUAAAUGUUUGACUACUAACUCUAUGGCAGCCUAGAGGAAUUGUCUUAAAAAUGGUGCUCUCUUUUAACACACACAACACAGAACACAGUCCAAAAGCUUAGAAAGAAACAACAAGCAUCUCUAAAUGGAACAAUCCAACAAACAAGGAAACAUGGCAGAGCAUCCUGUCAUCAUUCCUCUUUUAGUCGGUUGGUCUGUACUGUGUUCGCAACAAAAUAUUAUGCUGGCAUAAACUGUCCGUUGUUUUGAAUCAGCUGACUGAUGUCAAGCAUUAUCCCUAGGAAGGACUUUACAGUUUAAGCCUAAAACCUGCUUCUUGCAGCAGAGGACCAAGAGCACAACAUGGAAAUGGCAGGGGUGGAACAGCAAGAUAAAAUACAGAACUGCGCUUUUGAAGAGCAAAUCUUUCAGCGCUUCUAUGAUUCAGUAUGUACAAAUGCAUCUCUAUGUAGAUUCAGGUCAUUGUUUGUAUAAAGUAACUCUUGAAUAAGAUUUUUUUUCCUGUUUGUUUUCGAGGUAACAAUGGCAAUUUGGGUCUUCAGUGGUGUUGUUUGCUGGAAUAAAUUGUAUGCUUCAUGAUUAGAAGAAUAAGAGUGAUUGCAAGGCACAUUAAAUACUGUUUGAGAGUAGCAGAGGCAGUUAAAGGUCCAGUGCAGUCAAACAUGUGAUUUGUCUGUGUUUUAUAUAUAUUUCCACACUAUGCGGUUGGAAUAAUACUGUGAAAUGCUGAUAAUGCCAUUUUAGUGUAAGAGCUGUUUGAUCAGUUCUCCCCUCCCCACUCAGACCACUCCCAGACAGUCCUAGCAAAAUUCUUGCUUGAGAAAUUGCUCUUUGCUAAGAAGCUAUUUUAAUUGAAAACAAUCACAGUGAGCUACUUAAUUAUUACCCAGAAAUGAUUUGAUAUUGAAAUAAAAAACGUCUGCAUUGGACCUUUAAGGAUCAGUAAAUAUUGUAUGUUGAAGGAUGGGGUUCAAUGAAAAAAAAUGUAACCUUCUAAUAACACAUUCAAACUUAGAAACAAUGACAGACAGUAAUUUACAGUUAUAAGUGACAAUACCUGCCAUCUUGGAUUUGGCAGGAAUUGAACUGCAGACACCAGUGUUGGACUUGCAUUUAAUGUAUUCUUGCACAAAAACCUUCACAUAGCACAACACAUUGUUUGUAGCAAGUAUCAAUGCAUUAAGUGAUUUGGUUUGUGUGAACUGCUGCAAAAUGCAGGUAUUUGCACAGCAUAGAUUCCCAAAGCUUCUGUUUAAGUUUAUCAUUGAAUACAUGUCUUAUUCAACACAACAUUUCUGUUAAUAUUCUUCUGUAAGUGAAAAUGGGUAAUGUUGAGAUUUACAUUGAGAGAGCAGUAGGGCUGUGAAAAGUCAUACUUAAUGUUUACAUCAGUAACACCACUGGUAUGUUGUUUUUUCCUGUCUACCAAUCCUUCUCUCCUCACGUUUGAUGCAGGGGUGUCUGCUCUUGCACAUAGCUGUUCUCUGUAUGCUUCCUCAGUAGGGGGAAACUAGGAGUCAGCUCAGGUCUCUUGGAGACAAGACCAAUAAUGUGGUAUCUUGUAAGCAGACAACAUGAUGUCCUGUUAAAGCAUCAUCUGCGUCACUUCAGUGUGGAUCCCUAUUGAGUCGCCCCACUUUCCUGAAUGAAUUGAGGGAGCUCACCAUUUCUUAAUUUCAGUGCCACUUUUGCCCCAGGCAACAGGCAGUCUUACUGGCCCUUUGCAGAGUCCCGUUUGCAAUUCGUAGAGACAAGGAGAGGUCAAAAGGCCUAAGGAUUAAUGUACUCUGUAAGUGCACAGUUCUCGCAAGACUUGAGAGGUGUAAUAAUGAUACAAGCACACUUGUGUAUUACAUAAAGGUUCUGGGAGGAAACUCAGGCCAUGUUGGGAGUUUGUUUGUGGCAGGUCUGGGUUCAGGCAGGCUUCGGAGGCUAGCACUGCACAUGAAUUAAGAUGGAAUUACAGGUAAGAUGGAAUUGAUGUAUUUUGUGAGUACAGGGUACUCAAGUAACACUGUUUUGUUACCUAUAUGUAAAAAGGCACUCAUUGUGACACUUUUCCAGCAGUGUUAUGAGGUGAGGUGAUGAGCUAUAACCUUUCCAGUGAAUUAGUAUUUGACUGUAGAUAAAAACAUUGCCUCAAAGUGACUACAAAGUGAAACAUCCCAACAUUGCUACUAAAUGUAGCACCACCUCAGACUUGUAAAAGAGUUGUGGAUAUUGGUGGUGUUCUGCUGCCAUUCUGAGCUCAUCCACAGUCUUCUCCUCCAGUUUAUAUCAACACACAUGUACAGGUUUUGUCCCUUAGAUCUCUAAAUUGGCCAAUGGUAUUGAAUGCAUGGAUAAUUGCUACAAUAAACAAUACAUUUAUUGCAAUUGUGUUGUUUGAAUAAUGAUAAAGGUUCUGUUGCUAAACCGGUUUAUAGAGAAAUAUCUGGGUAGCGUACCAAGAGAAUGCUGAAAAAGUAGUAAAAUGGCCACAUAAAAAAGAAUGAGAGAAGGGUUAAGAACAAUAUACAACUUGUAUGCAAAAGUGACAGAAAAGUAGUUCUCUUAGUGGGACUUCUAGUGUUUCAUGAGGAACUGGAAAGUGUUCAGUGUGAGCAAUGUGGGACACUGUGUACCAAUGCCACAAUUUCAAGUGGCACCUCUUUAAGUAGCACUGCUAUGAUUUUCUACAAGUCGUUUAUACUGGUUCAAUCCACGAGGAUGGAGAAAGACGAUUAAAAUACAUUAUAGUCUUGCAUGAGAUCAUUAUGGUUCAUUUCUUUUAAUGUAUUCAAACUUGUCCAUUUUUUUAUCUAAUUUAUUUUACUGAAAUAAAAUGUAAUUAACAUACUA